CUGGACUCUCCGUAACCACGGUAACCUAAGUUAGCUUGCAGUGCUCCUCGGAGUAAAUAGUUAGCAAACAUAGCUAGCUACCUGUGUGGAAGGUUAUCACGCAGUUCUCGCUCCAAGAAACAUGUUUAAACAAAGUUAACGAUAAUUAAAAUAUCCACUGUUAACCUUUACAUACUUAUUCAGCGCGAGGGAGCUAUAUUUUAAACAUGUUUACAGACGAGGCGUUGGAUUCAAUGAAUAUCGAGUCUCAGUGGAGGAAAUCUCAGCAGUCCACGCAGGAGUCGAGGGGCUGUCAGACCAGAGCGGUCCACAGAGCUGAGGCAGAGGUUCAGACUGUGUCCUCCACCACCAGCUGGACUCAGACAGAGGAGACACAGAACCAGGACUCAGAUCAGCUCCUCCAACUAAACCAGGACCCGCCCGGCCUGCAGGACUUCCUACAGCGGGUCGAGGACUCGGUCAUCAGAGAGCUGGUCAAAAACGCUCGCAGUCAUGCCUUCGACGGGUUCCAGGUUAACUGGGAGGAGCACAGUGAUCAUGUGUCCUGCCUCCAUCGUCUUCAUCAUCCCGGUGCUCUGGAGAGAGAGCUUCAUGUGACCGCUGUGUCCUGGAGCUGCACGGGGUCAGUGAUCGCCUGUGCCUACGGCCGGAUUGAUGACGGAGACUGGAGCACUGAGAAAUCCUACGUUUGCACCUGGAACCUGAACAGACACAGCCUGGACCCCAAACAAGCUGACUUGGUCAUCGAUGUCCCCACAGCGGUCACUGCUCUGUGCUGCCACCCCGAGCAGCCCGCGCUCAUUGCAGGGGGUCUGUACACCGGGGAUGUGGUGAUCUGGGACACCAGUCAGACUCAGGACCCUGUACUGGUUCAGACCGGGAUGUCAGCGGACAGCCACAGAGAGCCCGUCUAUGAGGUUUCCUGGGUGCCCCUGCAGAAGAAAGGAGAGUUUGGCGUCCUCAGUGCGAGCUCCAGAGGUCGGGUUCUGCUGUGGACGGUGGACUCGGAUCAGAGCGUCUUCGUCCUGAACUCUGCGUACGCGUUAGUGAGGCAGCAGGUUCCUCACAGCAGCAGCUUCAAGGCUCGUGGCAGCAGCAGCACGGUGGGCGUCACCUCUCUGGCUCUCUCUCUCUGGGACUCGGACACCUUCCUGGUCGGCUCUGAGGGCGGCCUGCUGCUCCGCUGCUCCUUCUCGUCUCAGACUCCAGCUGCGUGUCCUUCAGAGGGUCAGAGCGUGACGCCGAGGGCCCCCGCCGUGUUCUCCUUCAGGCCCCGCAGCGGACCUGUUCACUCCAUACACUGCUCCCCGUUCCACAGGAACCUGUUCGUGAGCGCUGGGACGGACGGUCUGGCACACCUGCACUCUCUCCUGCAGACCGACCCCCUGCUCUCCCUCAGGGUGUCAGACUCCUACGUGUUCCAGGUCCAGUGGUCUCCAAGCAGACCGCUGGUGUUCGCUGCUGCCACCGGACAAGGCGAGGUGCAGAUCUUCGACCUGGGCCGCCGGUCUCUGAGGCCGGUCGUCACGUUAGAGGAGGGAGGAGCGGGACCCGCUGCCACAAGUUUAUCCUUCAACCACAAGAACCCUCGGCUGCUCGCGGCGGGGAAGACAGACGGGACGAUAUCGGUUUGGCAGCUGAGCACCGAGCUGACGGAGCAGAGCCCCAGAGAGAGCGGCCAGCUGGAGCUGAUAGCCAAUCAGGUGGCAGAAUGACACCGAGCAGCCAAUCAGGAGGCAGAAUGACACUGAUCAGCCAAUCAGGAGGCAGAAGGACACUGAUCAGCCAAUCAGGAGGCAGAAUGACUCUGAUCAGCCCGGGACAGUUUGAGACUGCAGGUGGCUCUGAGUCUCAUGGACUUGAUUGUAAAUAAAGACAGAGAGCAGCGUUUCCAGUUCUAACCAGUAGCGUUUAUUAAAGCACACUCAGUUGUUCA